UUAUUUUGUUAUGAUCUGCUCCGGAAGGGAGCGGUGGGACCAACGCGUCGCGAGCCAAAAGAAACAUGGCGUUAGCAGAUGCCUGGAAACAACUAUCUUGGUUUUAUUACCAAUAUGUGCUCGUUACAGCUCUUUAUAUGUUGGAGCCUUGGGAGAGAACUAUCUUCAAUUCCCUCCUGAUCACGGUGGCAGCGAUGGCCAUCUACACCGGUUAUGUGUUCAUGCCUCAGCACAUAAUGGCCAUAUUACACUAUUUUGAAGUGGUCCAGUGACAUCAUCAGCCGGGAGAGAUCACGGGGAUGCUCUCAACCUUCACCUGGUGGCCAGGACAACGAACUGCUGUAGAACUGUUCACCAAGAUGUCUGUGAUUCACUUCAACCGAGGACACCGGUGUAUGUUGUCGAGUGUGAUAGAGGGCUGUCUAAGUGUGUAAUUAUGUGUGAAGAGCACAGUCUCCAGCUGCAAAAGCACACACUGCCCUUGCUAGAAAUAUAUCCUUUUAAAUAUAAAUAUUUUUUUUUGUUAAUAAUGAUUCUUGUUUCAUUUUGUGACAGUGGUUUACUCAGAUGAUAAAUAUUUUUUGACAUAAAUGUGUAUAUUUAAUUGUAUACAUAUUUGUAAAGUUUUAUAGAGAUUUAUUUUGGCUGACCUGAAAUGAUUUGGUUUGCCAUAGACUGAUGAAUUAUUGAUACUGUUUUUGUCACCACCGGAAAUCUAUUUUAAUCAGACCCUUGUGAGUCCUGCUGUAAAUAAUUACCUGCGGUGAUGUCAUUGUUGAUACUUCAGAACUGGUUGCUCAGGUCAUAAACCGAAAAAAACAAACAAAUGCUUAAAUAAACUCUUCUUUAAUCGACUUGA